UGUGAGAGCACAUGAUCUAGCACAUGGUGUGCAGACCAGCUGUAGCUUUGUUUAAGUUUGUGUGUUGAGAUUGAGAAGAUGGCCACCUCAAAAGAACAUGACCUCAGUGGCUAUCAGCAUCAUUUCCUGAAGAAUGUGAAGGACUAUGAUUGUCCCAUAUGUCUGCAUGUGACCCGAGAGCCCAGCCUCACCAGCUGCUGUGGACAGCACUUUUGUCAAGCCUGCAUCCAAAAGAUACUCACUGAGUACAAACCUUGCCCUCUUUGUAAGCAGGCGGGAUAUUCGAUCAUGCUCGACAAGAAGCAGAAGAGACGAAUUUUCGAUCUUCAAAUUUAUUGCGCCAAGAAGGGAGACGGAUGUAGAUGGACUGGAACAAUGGGAAAUCUUCAAAACCAUGCUGACAAAUGCCGUUUCUAUGUGGUCGAUUGCCCAAACAAAUGUGGAACGCAGCACAAGAGGAGAGAAUUAAGACCACACAUACUGAACUGCGCAUAUAGACCAUUCAACUGUAGAUACUGUCAACUAAGUGGGCCUUUACGAGAGAUAAAAACCCUCCAUCUUUCCGUGUGUUCAAAGUACCCAGUGGCAUGCCCCAACGAGUGUGGAGUGGCUCCCCCAGAGAGAGGUCAACUGGAGGGGCACCUGAGAGAGUGUCCGCUGGCAAUGGUCGAGUGUGAGCUGAAGGAGCUGGGCUGUGAGGAGGUGGUACAACGGAAGGACGCAGACAAACACAUGGAGGAGACCACAGAGAAACACAUGAAACUUAUGACCCUUCAUUAUGCAAAAAUUGUCAAGAAUCAAGCUAGCAUGACGGAGCAGAUUACGAAAUUUAAGGAGGAAAACAAGAAACUGAAAACAGACCUGAAAAAUGCUCUGCACAAAGAAGUGGACCACAUGACGCAGCACUUAAGUUCUAACGUAGAGGACAUUGUCAUCUCUUAUGACAAGCAAACCGAUAGAAGAUCUUUGAGCGGGGAAGUAUUAACCUAUCCAUCAAAAUGUAGCCUUCAAAUUUUUGUGAUUCUGAGAGUUAGCGAAUCCAUAUUGGAAAUCAAUUUAGACGGCUUCGAUUUUGAGUUCAAUGAUUACCUGCAAUGGCCGAAAAUGUUCACUAUGACGGUGAAGCUUCUCAACAAGCUUGGUGACCAAGACCACCACGUAGUAACGGAAAGGAUCCCAGCUUCUUCCACCGAUUUAUUUAAUAACCAGAUCAUCAUACCGUUCUCGACCAUUGAUACGCCACCAGCUGGAGUGAAGUAUGUCGAUGUGGACAAUAAUCUGAAGUUGAGAAUCUACGUUACUGAAAUGUACUAAUUAACUGAUUGACAUUGAUGCUUGGACAUCACUUUGUGUGCAUGAUAUACUUAUAUUAACUUGAACUUUCAAGUAAUUAUUGAUUUUUGUUACAUGAUGCAUUAUGCUUAACAACAAUACAUGUCCGAUUUUCAUUAAUAACUGUGUUUUAUUUAAUAACUGUG